GAUAUAAGGCGGCCAGGAAACAAUGCGCCUGCAGCUCGCGCUCCCGCGCGGAUCUCGGGAGCGUCCUGGCUGCGGUGCGCGAGCGAGGCGCGGGGGCGCGCUCGUGAGUGCGGGCCGCGCGCUUCGUCGCGCGCAUGUGUGUGUGCAGGCUGCCGGGCUGCCGCGAGCCGGCGGGGAGCCUGUCUGCUCCAGGUGGCGGGCGGCGGGAGCGAGGGAGCGGACAUGGACUUCGACUCGUACCAGCACUAUUUCUACGACUACGACUGCGGGGAGGAUUUCUACCGCUCCACGGCGCCCAGCGAGGACAUCUGGAAGAAAUUCGAGCUGGUGCCGUCGCCCCCCACGUCGCCGCCCUGGGGCUCUGGUCCUGGCGCCGGGGACUUAGCCCCCGGGAUUGGUCCCCCGGAGCCGUGGCCCGGUGGGGGCGCCGGGGACGAGGCGGAAUCUCGGGGCCACUCGAAAGCUUGGGGCAGGAACUACGCUUCCAUCAUCCGUCGAGAUUGCAUGUGGAGCGGUUUCUCCGCCCGGGAACGGCUGGAGAGAGCGGUGAGCGACCGGCUGGCCCCUGGCGCGCCCCGGGGGAACCCGCCCAAGACGCCUGCAGCCCCGGACUGCACUCCCAGCCUCGAAGCCGGCAACCCGACGCCCGCCACCCCCUGUCAGCUGGGUGAGCCCAAGACCCAGGCCUGUUCGGGGUCCGAGAGCCCAAGCGACUCGGAGGGUGAAGAAAUCGACGUCGUAACAGUGGAAAAAAGACAGUCUUUAGGUAUACGGAAGCCGGUCACGAUCACAGUGCGGGCAGACCCUCUGGAUCCCUGCAUGAAACACUUCCAUAUCUCAAUCCAUCAGCAACAGCACAACUAUGCUGCCCGUUUUCCUCCAGAAAGUUGCUCCCAAGAAGAAGCCCCAGAAAGGAGUCCCCAGGAAGAGACUAUGGAAAGAGAAGUACACAAGGAGAAGCAAGAUGAGAAGGAUGAAGAGCUUGUGAGCUCCCCACCUGUAGAAAGUGAGGCUCCUCCAUCCUGCCACCCCAGACCUGUCAGUUCUGAUACUGAGGACGUGAGCAAGAGGAAGAACCAUAACUUCUUGGAGCGCAAAAGGCGAAAUGACCUCCGCUCACGGUUCUUGGCCCUGAGGGACCAGGUACCCACCUUGGCCAGCUGCUCUAAGGCCCCCAAAGUAGUGAUCCUCAGCAAGGCCUUGGAAUAUCUGCAAGCCCUUGUAGGGGCUGAGAAAAGGAUGGCUACAGAGAAAAGGCAGCUCCGGUGCCGGCAGCAGCAACUGCAGAAAAGAAUUGCGUACCUCAGUGGCUACUAACUGACCAAAAAGCCUGACUCUUCUCUCUUACAAAGACAUAUGUUUAUAUUUUAACCUCCCUUUCCCCUUUAGUAAUUUGCACAUUUUGGUUAGGGUGGGACAGUCUGAACAGUAGAUCCCAGAAUGCAUUGCAGCCGGUGCACACACAAUAAGGGCUUGCAUUCUUGGAAACCUUGAAACCCAGCUCUCCCUCUUCCCUGACUUAUCAGUGCUUCGUCCUCUCUGGCGCCUUUGGCUUCUCAGCAGGCAGCUGACUGAGGAGCCUGGGGGUCUGCCUAGCUCACUAGCUAGCUCCGAAGAAAAGGCUGACAGAUGCUAUGCAACAGGUGGUGGACGUUGUCAGGGGCUCCAGCCUGCAUGAAAUCUCACACUCCGCUGGAGCUUUAGGCUAGGAAAGGAUGCUCCCACUGAUGUCUCUGGGGGUGAUGCAAGGACAGCUGGGCCUGAACACUCUCUCUGAGGCUCCUUUUUCCAGGAGACACACGAGCUGUCUUGAGUGAAGACAAGCUCGUAGACUUGAUCAACAUGGACCAUUACCUCACUGUCAGACACUUUACAGUAGCUGAGGAGUGCAAACCUUUAAUAUAUUAUUAUGUUAGGCCACACCCCUCCCUCUGCUCUUUUUUUUUUUUUUUUUUUUUUUUUUUUGGUGCUGGGG